AUGCACAUAGAAUUAUGUAAUUGCGACAGACGUGUUGCGGCUACGCACCCCCCCGGCCCCCGCGAAGUCAGGUCCCAUGCCGGUGAUCCUGGGGCGGCCACUGGGGAAGCGCCUGGGGUUUGCGACAGGACCGCUGGAAACCAUACCACAGACUCCCUUAACCUAGAGUAUAGUAGUAGCGUUGCUGCUACGCAAGCAACUUUUUCUGUAGUAUGCUGUUGUGAUGUGGCCAGGAUUUUCAUUUUGCAGAGACGAGAACACCGGACCAGGUUUGAAUCUCUCCAGUACUAUUCGGUUCAAAAAUCACUCUAUGAUGUCGCUUCCCUGAAGAUUUUUCGGCAAGGUGGACGCCGAAGUAGGCACGAUAGGUUACGUGUCCUCCAGAGGCACUUUUUUAUAACGUUCGUAACAAGCUUCGGUCCGUCGUCAUCCUGUCGUCGAGGUGCAUAA